AACAUUCCACUUUAGAGGGGCUUCAGCUCAGGGGGAGUGUUGAUGCCCACCAGGAGGAAGUGUAAAUUUCCACCUGCCACCUCUCAGUUUAUAGUCAGCCCAGUCACCUUUCUAUACAUUUGAAUGCCAGACUCCCUCCAGAGUUCUUCUAGCUCUCUCCACACCAAGCUGAAGAUGAAUAUUAUCCAUAUUACACCUCUUAUUUUGUUGGUAAUAUUUCUCUGUUCUAAUAUAGGUAAAGGACUUGGAAUUGACUAUGUAGACAAGAGUACCUGUCUCAAUUUGCAACAGAAUAAAGUUCCUCUUAAACAGCUGAGGAGCUACACAAAUCAAACUAUUCCGAAGGAAGCAAUUUUGUUUGUAACAAGAAAAGGUAAAGAGUUAUGUGCAGAUCCCAGCAUGCCUUGGGUCAUAAAAGCUGUUGCUGCCCUUGAUAGAAGAACAGAAACGCAACUAAACAGCAAGAAGGCAACCAACACCAAAAAGACAUCUAGCAAGAGUAAACAGGGAAAGCAGAAGAAUAAACAAAACAAAAAGAAAAAUGUGAAAAAAGUACCUCAAGUGAAGUCCAACAAGGCUACUCACACUGCAAUGAGUUCUGUUGUGAAAUCUUAAGAUAGUUAAUGUUUUUGUAAUAAAAAGAAGAUCACAUAGAUUGAACUUUCAA